UCUGAGUGUAGAAGCAGGAACACUCAACCCAAACCCAACUCUCCUCAACUGUCUUUAAUUUAACAAGCCGCCUUUUAUUUGACGCCCAGAGAAAUGCUGAAGCCUGGUGGUCUGUGGGUGGAAGCGGCAGUGCUGGCUGUGGCGGCUGCGGCGACAGCGGUGCCAGCGAGAGCGGACGACGCCCACAGCCGCGUGGUGGGCGUGCAGCAAGGGCUCUGGACGGUGCCAUCCAACCAGGUGUUCCUACGAUACAACUUCUCCGUGCCAGAGGACGAGCCUGUCCCCACGCUUUUCAAUUACACCAUCUGCUACUGGAUCAGAGGCGAAAGGGCCGCGUCACUUUUCACCCACGUUUCUUAUGCCGUGAGUGACCUGGAUGCCAACAACAUUCUAUUGUACCAGGGACACGACCGCCUCCUCGCCUUCGUCAACGGCGUCUACCAGCGCGUUCCACAGGCACGCGAGUUCCCUUUCGUGCCCGGCGUCUGGCAUCACCUCUGCCACGUGGUCGAAGAAGAGAACUACGCCGUUUACUGGGGAGGGAAGGAAUUCGUGAGCGGGAAGUUGGCGGGAGUUCCUGGAGCUCCGCUGAAUGGAAGUCUGGUCAUUGGCCAAGAACAAGACAGGUUUGGCGGACACUUCGAUAAGUAUCAGGUUCUGUUCGGGGAAAUCGGGCAGCUGAACUUCUGGGACCGAACGCUGCCUCUCGCGGAGAUUGGGAAAAUGGCGUCUUGUGGGUGGUCAGGUCGAGGAAACGUUUUCAGUUUGGACACGGCGGACAUGGAGGUUGUUGGAAACGUUUCGGACACGAGGGUGGAGCUUGGUCACUUUUGCAAGGAGACGCCACACUAUGCUGUUCUGUCCGAGAGGCUGACUUUCCAGGCAGCCUUGGCGCAGUGCCGGGUCCUGGGCGGCACCGUGCCAGCGCCGUCCUCAAGCUACGACAAUGACAUCCUUCUUAAGAACGCCGAGCCCUUCAUGGACAGCUGCGCACCUGGAUCCAACUGGAAGUACUGGCUCGGGAUUGCCCACAAGGAGGAGAACGACACUUGGAUCUCCGUCGAGAGCGGCGAGGAGGCGCAGUACCUCAACUUUGCAAAGCCGUACCCAAUGAGGUCCAAUCUGUUCCAGUGCGUGGUGCUCUUGGACGACGGCACUUGGGCGAAUCACCGGUGCAGCCUCAAGAAGUGCGCGAUCUGCCACCUCCCGACGCCCGGUGUCCUGUACCUCAGGGGCUUCUGCUUCGACUCAGAUUGUCAGAGGAAAUUCCGGGUGGCUGAGUACUUCGGCGGGCGGCUGGUGUUCCGCGGCCACGAGGAUCUCUUCAUCUUCUGGAGCGAAGGAGACGAAGCGUGGCGCCUGCAUGACAUAGACCGGAACGUGAGCGUGGCUCGAACGGAGCAGGUCGGGCGCAACAGCUAUCCUGUGGGGACUCAUCGCUGGGUGGCCGUCGAGCAGGUCUGCGACAUGCAGAAGGGAAGUGUUUUUGAAAUGAUUCUGUCAACGUGCACGGACGAUCUUUUCGUGUGCUCUUCGGGAGACUGUAUCGAGCGGAAUCUUCGCUGUAACUUAUGGAAUGACUGUUCUGACGGCAGCGACGAAGAAAACUGCGACGUUGUUGCAAUCGGGAGCAGUUACCAGCCCCAUCUGCCCCCCCGAGGACCCACGGACGCUGCACUCACUCUCACGCCCACUGUCACGCUGUCCCGCAUCGCUAAAAUCGAUGAGAUCGCCAUGUCCGUCACGCUCGAGUUCUUCACCACCCUCGCCUGGCGCGACGAGAGGCUCAGCUUCCAGCACCUGACGCCCGGGAAGGAGACGCCGGUCCCGGCAACGCAAGCGGAUAGAAUGUGGAUCCCUGACUUCCAGCUGCUGGACCUCGAGGGAGGGCAGCCCAAGGUCCUGGAUGAGAAGGUCAUGAUCACCACAGCUAACAACGCUACUUUGCCCGCGUUUAACAGCAUAGAGAGAGAUCUGACAUAUCCCGGAACAGAAAACGACCUCACAGUGACUCGCCAGUUCAUCGCGAAGUUCGCCUGUUCCUUCAACCUCCACACUUACCCCUUCGACAAGCAGGAGUGCAGCAUCAACCUCCAGCUCUCCCGCGCCUACCAGGACCGGGUCAGCUUCUCGCUCGAGGGCUGGACAGGGACCUACACCGGCCCAGAGGAACUCGCUCUCUAUACGGUCAAGGGGGUGGCGUUUCGCUCCACGGACGACGCACGAACUGAACUGAGUCUCGGCUUCGAACUCCACCGUCGGCAGGGAGUGAUCCUGCUCUCGACCUUCGUACCUUCGGUGCUGCUCCUGCUGGUGAGCUGGGCGGCCCUCUUCCUCAAGGACCUGAACGUGAGUGCGAAUCUGUCGCUCACGAACCUCCUGGUGCUGUAUACUCUCUUUUCCAACUUGCUUCGCUCCGUCCCCGACACCGCCGCCGUCAAAAUGAUCGACAUUUGGUUCUUCUUCGCCAUAAGCCUUCUCUUCCUCAACAUCAUGGUGAUCAUCUUUCUGGACUACGUCGCCGGCUUCUUCCUGAACGCCCAGACGGGAACGAGCCCCAAGGACACGAGUCUCGAAAAGAUACGAGAGAGGAUCAUGUCGCUGUACAGAUCAGCGAUUCCCUUUGCGUUCCUGGCUUUUAAUGUCUCUUAUUGGUGGUUAGUGGUGUUUGUAUUCAAAUGAUUUCGCAUGUUUUGGGGACGAGCAAUCAGUCACAGCGUGUAUCUUGUCACUGAUCAGAAUGAAUUAGACUUCACAAGCAUAUGUUUCGCAGUCAUUCAGGUAUUAUUAUAUCAGUGUUAAAAUGAUGUUGCAAUUGGAACUCCGAGAUACUGUUAAUAAGAAAAAUAUUGUGUGUCAUUUCAAAGAAGGAAAAAUGUAAAAUCAGAAACGUUCCAAUAUUUGAAAUGCAUGAAUUCCUACCUAAAUUAUUCUGACUGCAGAUAAGACUCCAGCCCCACAAACAUUAUUAUAAAUUGAUUUGUGAUAAAUAAUAUUUGUUGAAUUACACUAAAUGUAUAUCUUUGUACCAAGCCUACUAAUAGGAAUUAUUCAUAAAACAUUGAACGUUUUCAUUGUUUUUCUCAGCUGUAUAAAAGAUCAAAAGCAAAACCAAAUAUCUUUAUUUUGCCAAAUAAUGUACAUUCCUACGCGUGGAUUCGUAAUAGAUGUUAAUGGUUAUUUGACUGACCCCCCCCCCCCCCAAGAGUAACUCUCCCUCAGGAAUAAGUUACUAUCUAUAUUUGAAAAAUACAUUUGCAAUAAUUAUUUAUCCAAACCCCAGGCAGCUUACCAAAUACUGAAGGGAAAUGCAUACACCCCAGUACAGUCAUUGACCAUAAGACACAGCUUGGUAACAGUACUUUUCACAUUCUUAUUUUCAUAUUCUUUAUAUUAUAGUGUUGUAAAAUACGAUAUUUGAUUAUAGAGAUAAACAAAAGAGAGAGACAGAACAAAGACUUGUUAAAUCAUUUAACAUAUCGGGAUUAGAAUUGAAUUUCAGUGCAUAUUUGAAGGUUUGCAAGGUUGCACAGAAUUGCAUUCCAUCAGAAAGGGCAUUCCAGAAUGUUGGAUAAAUGAUACUGAAUUUUGAUCGGACAGAUCGCAUGGAUUAUGGAUUUUUUCCCCUCUCAGGAUAUAUGAAUUCAUGAAUUCUAAAACUAAACAGAUUAUCCAGCCGUACAAA